GAGGGCCUUGUCACUCCUUCUGCGGUCAGCAGCUCUCAGGCCCGCGUUCCUUGUCCCUCUGCUCCGGUCUUCCUCGUGAUCAUGACUGCCUACAGCUAUCGCCAGUCCUCAGCCACCUCCUCCUAUGGGGGCAUGGGCAGCGGUUCCCUGCGCUUUGGGUCAAGCGGUGUUUUCCGCGCACCCAGCAUUCACGGGGGCUCAGGCGGCCGCGGCGUGUCCGUGUCUUCCGCCCGCUUCGUGUCCUCGUCCUCCUCCGGGGGCUAUGGCGGAAGCUACGGUGGAAGUUUUGGUGGGACCCUUGCCGUGUCCGACGGGCUGCUGGCCGGCAACGAGAAGAUCACCAUGCAGAACCUCAACGAUCGCCUCGCCUCCUACCUGGACAAGGUGCGCGCCCUGGAGCAGGCCAACGGAGAGCUGGAGGUGAAGAUCCGGGACUGGUACCAGAAGCAGGGGCCCGGGCCUUCCCGCGAUUACAGCCACUACUUUAAGACCAUCGAGGACUUGCGUGACAAGAUUCUUGGUGCUACCAUUGAAAACUCCAAGAUUGUCCUACAGAUCGACAAUGCCCGGUUGGCUGCAGAUGACUUCCGAACUAAGUUCGAGACAGAGCAGGCCCUGCGCAUGAGCGUGGAGGCUGACAUCAAUGGCCUGCGCCGGGUGCUGGAUGAGCUGACCCUGGCCAGGACCGACCUGGAGAUGCAGAUCGAGGGCCUCAAGGAGGAGCUGGCCUACCUGAAGAAGAACCACGAGGAGGAAAUUAGUGCCCUGAGGAGCCAAGUGGGUGGCCAGGUCAGCGUGGAGAUGGAUUGUGCUCCAGGUGUCGACCUCGCCAAGAUCCUGAGUGACAUGAGAAGUCAAUAUGAGGUCAUGGCUGAGAAGAACCGGAAGGAUGCUGAAGCCUGGUUCAUUACUCAGACUGAGGAGCUGAACAAGGAAGUCGCUGGCCACACUGAGCAGCUCCAGAUAAGCAAGACCCAGGUCACAGACCUUCGACGCACCCUCCAGGGCCUUGAGAUCGAGCUGCAGUCCCAGCUGAGCACGAAAGCCGCCCUGGAAGGCACGCUGGCAGAGACAGAGGCCCGCUAUGGAGCUCAGCUGUCACAGAUCCAGGGCAUGAUCAGCAGCAUUGAAGCCCAGCUGGCCGACGUGCGCGCUGACACAGAGCGCCAAAACCAGGAGUAUCAGCAGCUCAUGGACAUCAAGUCGAGGCUGGAGCAGGAGAUCGCCACCUACCGCAGCCUGCUCGAGGGCCAGGAAGCCCACUACAACAGCCUGCCCACCCCCAAAGCCAUCUGAGCUGAUCCCGUGCUGCCAGCCAGACUCCCCUGGGGGAGGGGCACAACUGGGGUGAUAGUUUUACUCCAGCUCCUGACUUGUCAAUAAAACUAUUCUCCAGGGCAA